AUGGAUUGCACUCCUGCACAUAAGGUUAGAUAUGGCACUCAUAUGCUGGCUAAGGAAGCGGAUGACUGGUGGUUAGAGACUCGUCAGAGAUUGGAAGUUGCUGGUGAAGAGAUCACUUGGAUUGUUUUCCGCAGAGAGUUUCUGAGGAAGUAUUAUCCUGAAGAUGUUCGGGGUAAGAAGGAGAUUGAGUUCCUUGAGCUGAAACAGGGAAAUAUGUCAGUGACAGAGUAUGCUGCAAAGUUCACUGAGUUGGCUAAGUUCUACCCGUAUUAUGAGGGAGCAGGUGUUGAGUUUUCAAAGUGCAUCAAGUUUGAGAACGGAUUGCGCUCUGAGAUCAAGAAAGCUGUUGGGUAUCAAAAGAUUCGUAUCUUUCCUAAUCUGGUUGAUAGUUGCAGGAUUUACGAAGAAGAUCAUAAUGCACAUUACAAACUUGUCAAGGAUAGGAGAGGCAAGCAGAACCGUAGCACACCUUAUGAUGCUCCAAUUGGAAGGGGAAAAGCAGAAGUGGCUAAUGGCAAGAAAACUAGUGGGGGGGAGCUCCUGCUAGCGUGGCAUAAGGAAGUUAUCUGUUUCAACUGUGGUGAAGAAGGGCAUAUUAGUGGCAAAUGUCAAAAACCAAAGAGGGAACCAGGCAGUGAAAAAGUGUUCGCUUUAGCUGGAACUCAAACAGCUAAUGAGAACAGGAAUGUUGGAGGUGCUAUUUCAUUAGUAAUACUUUUAAUUACUAUCGUUGAUUUAUCGGUGUUGCUAGUUGUUUCAUUGUUCCUGAUUGCGUUGAAUGAUUAG